AGAAAUCGCGAGAAAGAAGAGGCUCUUUCUACAGAGCGUUGCGAUGCCUACGAAAAGGAACUUGGAGCCCUAAAGGAGCAGUGUGAAGCAUAUCAAAAGGAAGCAGAGAUGUGGAAAGAAAAUUGCAGAAAUCGCGAGAAAGAAGAGGCCCUUUCAACAGAGCGUUGCGAAGCCCAUGUGCAAGAAGUAAACAUAUUGAAAGAACGCUGUCAGACGUUGGAACUAGAGUUGAUUACCCUCAAAGAACGCUCUCAAGCCGAUGAGCAGACCAUUAGGAAAUUGGAAGAACAAUGUAAAGAUUACGAGAAAGAAAUGAAAAGUGCGAUCAAGCGUUGUAGUGCUUGUCAUAUGACCGACAGUAUCAGUAAUGAUUCAGAGUCCCUUAAUCACGACCCAGUUGAGGAGAAAAGUAAUUGCAAUACUAAACGAACAGAGAUCAUGAAUUUAGAGGAAGAAUGCCGAAAGAAAGACGCAGAAAUCUCUGCUCUCAAAAACGUACAGAUAGAACAAGCUUCCCAAGAACCCUCUACUUAUCACAAUCUUGAGGUGAAAGAACUUAAAAAACAAUGUACAGCAUACGAAAAUGAAAUUAUCGAGUUGAAGCAAUGCUGCCUUGACUUCCAAAAAUGCUUUUCUCUCGUAAAUAACCGAAUUAAUUCAGUGCUAAACAAGCCAAGAUCUCCCGUAACAGCAAUGUCCUUGCAAGAACAGCGCGAGCAACAAAUACCAUUCGAGCAACUAUCACAACAGUUAACGCAACAACCGACAGUUAAAACAUUACAGGAGGCAAAUCAAGCGAGGCAGCAAGUGGAGAAGCAACCAGUACAACCAGUAAAGCAGAGAAUACCGCAACCAACACAAUCAGCACAGUCAACGAAAUCACAGUUAAUCCAUCUAUCGACAGAAGUCUCUGGACUCUCAGAUACACAGAAAGCAGCAUUGCAGCUUUCACAACAGUGUCAGCAAGAACAACUUCGUAUUAGCCAAGAUAAGCCAUUGAAAAAACCAACAAAGAAGCCCACCAAACUUCAGCGAUUUGUCAAUGCACGAAAUCCAUCAAAAUUGAUAAAGUAUCAACCCUCGUUUAAUUAUCAGGCUCCUGUUGUAUCUACAGAGGAAACAUCGUCUUCAGCUUCUUCUGUGGUAAUGCCUACCAUUGGCACUAAGCGACAGUCCACUGGUUCCAUUGAAAAUCAGGGUGAUAAUGGUAAUAGCACAUCUGUUCAGCUCACCGAUGCCUCUGACACUACGUCUUCCAUUUCCGCUGAGACACUCAACAAGAAGCAGAAAGUAUCGCUAAGUUGGCCUGAUAUUGUCAAUAAUUACCUCAAAAACGGAACAUUACCAAAUAACGACGAACUGAAAGAAGCAUUUGAAACUUUUUACACUGAUGUUUCAGCAUUGUACAAAAAGGCCAAAUCAAGCGCUAUCCUUUCUAAUAAGGCAUUCGAUAUUGCUAAGACUACUAAUGUCGGUGAUCUCACGAUAACGCUGCCUACUGUCCUUGCUAAUUCAGAAAAAACGGCUAUUGUUGCUGUGGCUUUAAUGUCAAAAGCCGAUGUCAAUGCCGUUGAAGGAUUCAAGAGAAAACUAGCGACGGAGCUUAGGGAUUUGGCCGUUGCUCAAAAGAACGCCGCCCAAACCAACUUAUUAUUCCGUUAUUAUCGCCUGUAUAUCGCUUGCUGCAAAGUUACAAACGAUGUCAACUCAUUGCUUCAUGUUAUGAUUGAAAUUCUUCGUUCGCCUACAGAUAAAAAAGUAAGCGGAAGUUUGGUGAAUAUUGCCUAUAUCUGGUAUGAUGCGUUCCAAGGUUAUGCGGACGAUUUUCUGUAUGUCACUUUCCAACACUGUAUCUGUUGUACGAUUGCUAAAGCAGAUGAACCUAUUUACAAAAAAAUGGCUAAGAAGUUUGACUGGGUUGAACAGCCCAACUUGAAACAACAAGAAGAUACAGCUGUUGACUUUCUCAAGUCAGACAUCCCCAAUGAACGGAAGGUUAUUUACGUCAUGUCAUUGUUUUUAUGCCUCAGUAUCAAAAAAUGGAGCAGCUUAUACAACGAAUAUCUCUUACCGCUACUGCAGCACAUGCAUGUACCGUACAUCAAAGAGGCCAUAGCGACUUUAGGAAGCCAUGGUGUUUCACUUAGCGUGUUUAUUGAUGAUCUGCCAGGUGUUGAUUUUCUUGAAGAUUUGUUUGAAGCAGAUGAAGCCGAGGAGCUCAAAGAUAUCCUUCGAGGAAGAACGUUUCUUCGAAUCUAAACUAUAUCCUCGUUUUUAACAGAAAUCAACUAGUGCUUGGAAACUCGUGUUAUUCAAAAUCACAUUCGUUCUUUGAGUUUGUCUUAGAGCGAAAAAUAUUUAUACAUCGGAUACCCUUAUUUAUUGAAGAAUUGUACUUGAAAUAAAGUUUCUCUCACCGUCAA